AUGCUAUCACCGAACCGUCACAGAGAGAGACAGAUUAACCUGGACGAGACAGGGGUCUGCGAGCCGCCCCUCAAGCUUGAAGAAUCAAGUGGCCAACCGCAGAACUCUUUCCUCCUGGUCGAGAAGUCGGGUGCAGCUCCAAACAUCAGUUUGAACCUUCAUGGGAGCACCAAAUUCGAACUCGGUCUGAUGGCGGUCUUUGGCACGAUGCUCCAGUUUGCGGUCCUUGCCUUCUGUGGCUGGACUGCGUACUGGCCUCAUGAGCCUGGCUCUAUUUUACUCAAGGACGAAAAGCCGGCCGAGCGCUACGCGUUUCCCUGUACCCUAAGCGGGACAUUGCUGUUAGUUGUCGGGCUCACUCUCUGCGCUCACGUGGUGGAGUCGAGAACCAUCGAAACAGAGUUUAGAGCGGGGGGCAAGACGAGCGGGCGUUUACUUUGGAUCCAGAGGGCGGCAACGGUCAGUGAUCAGACCUUUGGGUCAUACGCACUUUACGCUGACAGAGAUCCAUUUGUCUUUCGAACCUCUCGACUCGCCGAUACUGUCAAUAGACGCACGAAAACGAACAAAGGUCAAAUCAUCAAUGAAGGUCUUGAAGCUUUCCGCCAAACAGAAACAAUCAUUGGAGUCUCAAUAGGACUUACCGGUUUUGUCGUACAGUUCAUUGGUCUUCGCGGUAUGAGUUGGUGCGCUGCGCUUGCUCAGUUGAUCGCAACGUUGGCCAUGACAGCUAUCCGAGCCUGGGCUCGCAGAGAGUCGGACAGCUCGUUCCACGCCAUCCCUUUGGAUCCGGGCUUCGAGCUUGAUUGGGUCGCUUCUAACCUUGGGCCCUAUGGUGAUAUAGAGGAAAGCUUGGACUAA